AGGAGAAACCAGCAAAACAACUGGCCGUGUACGCACGCCUAUAAAUAAGAUAAGAGACUGCAGCCUGGGCGUCUAUCGCGUAUUGUUCUCGGCACGGAAGCAGAUUCUCAUCGCCUGCAAAUUCUCAUCGCGCCACGGCGAGGAGCCGAGUGGAUGAACGGAGCAAUGAGGAGGGUGUUUGGAGCGUGACUCCACAGAUGGACCCACUGUGUCAUGGAGCCAAGAAACCAGAGGGCGCCGAUCUCAAUGCAGACCCAAGGCCCCCUUCUGCCAAGAUGGCCCGUCUGGAGCAACAUGGAGUUGGAUGCACAGUGCAAGAGAGGAGCAAGCAAGCCAGUCCCGGGACUAAAAAUCCUUAUCUGGUCCAGAAAACUACGGCGGGGAAGCAUCAGCACAAGAACUCUCAUCAGCCAAGAGGAAGCUUGCUGCCUGUCUUCUGUGUGGUGGAGCACAUGGAAAGUCCAGCGGAGGGCGAGAGGAAAGAAGACCAUGCCGAAUUUGUUCUGAUCAAGAGAGACCUGCUCUUCAACCAGCUCAUCGAAAUGGCCCUGCUCACAUUGGGCUAUUCACACAGCUCUGCUGCUCAGGCCAAAGUGGGGACUGUUGGUGACUUGCAAGCAAAAAGUUUGAUCCAGGUGGGCAGGUGGAACCCACUGCCUCUUUCUAGUGUGACAGAUGCUCCAGAUGCCACAGUGGCUGAGAUGCUCCAAGAUGUCCACCAUGUUAUCACCCUUAAAAUACAACUGCAAUGCUGGCCCAGACUGGAAGACCUGCCAGCAGAGCAGUGGACGCACUCUACAGUUCGGAACUCAUUGAAGGAACUUCUCAAGGACAUGAAUCAGAGUUCAUUGGCCAAGGAGUGUCCUCUAUCUCAGAGUAUGAUCUCGUCCAUAGUCAAUUGCACCUACUACGCCAACGUCUCGACGGCCAAAUGUCAGGAGUUUGGACGAUGGUAUAAGCACUUCAAGACCACCAAAUGCAACAAGAUGGACAGUUUGCCAGACAAGUCGUCCCAUAUUCCCACCACUCAGCAGCCCAUCAACGGCAGCCCGUCCCAUCAGAGCUCCAGCCUCCUUUACCUCCAUGGCGGAAUGGCCAACAUGGUGGCUGGGGCGGCCCCUCACACCAUGUGCAACUCUGGUUUACUAAACCAGACUCUCAGCAGACCCCAGCAGCAAGUCAUGACUCAACUUCUCAACCAGCAAUACGCCGUACGCCUCAUGCUAGCAGGACAGGGGCUCUCGCCGGCCUCACAACAGUAUCUCAACCACACGUCUGCAGCGAGGGCUCCCGCCAAGGUCUUCCCCAAGGCGCCCGAUCCCCAGCAGCCCCAGUGCGGCCCGGACGGAUCUCCUCCAGGCGGGCCGCCGCAGCAGCAGACGUCGGCCGGGUCGUGUCUGACGUCGGUCGAUGUGCCCAAUGACAUCUACCACAACGUGCGGGAAGAAAUGAAAAGAGCGGCAAUUUCUCAAGCCGUCUUUGCUCGAGUGGCUUUCAACAGGACCCAGGGCCUACUCUCGGAGAUUCUACGAAAGGAAGAGGACCCGAAAACUGCCUCGCAGUCCCUCCUGGUCAACCUGCGGGCCAUGCACGGCUUCCUGCAGCUGCCCGAGGCGGAACGAGAUCGCUUCUACCAGGAGGAGAGAGAGCGAAUCCUGACUGGAUUCACACCCGGCUGCAACAACACCCCCCCGAGAUGCACUCAGGCCAGACUGUCACCGGUCACAACAGACCGUUGCGUUCUCAACGUCAGCUCCACCAUCUAUGAAGAGAUUCAGCACGAAAUGAGACGAGCUAAGGUUUCUCAGGCUUUGUUCGCCAAGGUGGCCGCAUCCAAGAGUCAGGGCUGGCUGUGCGAGCUACUUCGUUGGAAGGAAGAUCCCAGUCCGGAGAACCGAACGCUGUGGGAUAACUUGAGCACCAUUCGUCGUUUCUUGAGCCUGCCCCAGACCGAAAGAGAUGCGAUUUACGAACAGGAGAGCAUUAACGCCCCUGCGCAGAAUUGCACCGAGAGACGAGCUCUACUCGGCAAUGAAAACGUAUUGUAUCAACGCAACCCUCUCCUGUCUCAGCAACACCAUCUGCAACCCUUGCAUCCACAAGCAGGACCUCAUUUGUCUCCACGGCAACCGUGCACCGCAUCACCCGCUGAGAUGGAGAACGGGGGCAACUGGGGACUUUUGAGAGCCGGUGCGCAAGGCCACGGCCAUAGCAAUGACGAGGACUUUGUCGAGGGAGGAGCAGGAGACAGUUUUGGUCUGGACUGGAACUAUCCAAUGAAAGUGGAUCAUGCCGAAAGUCCAUUAAGUGAAGGAGAUGAAGGUGGAAAAAGCAUGAAGGAAGCGACGAUCAAGGAGAAGCUACAAGUAGUGUUCCCCAAUUUGAAGGAUGAAGAUGGUGACGGGUUCGGGAGUUGUGCCGAAGCUGAUCCUAGAGGUGAGGUCCAACAUGUCCCCCAUGAAGCCUUGGGCAUUUUGCAGAGCUUCAUCCAAGAUGUGGGCCUCAACCCAGACGAGGAGGCGGUCCACACCUUGUCAGCUCAACUGGACCUGCCCAAACACAUGAUCCGUGGCUUCUUCAACAGCCAUGACCUCAUAUCGGGUCGACAGCGGGAGCAGCAUCAGUGCUGCAGUCAGAUCCUCAAAUACAGACAAGAGAGCCAGCAGGGCUGGACGGACAGGACCACCACACUCAAAAGAACUGAGGAGGAACAGGAAGUCAAGGCUGAAACUGGAGAAAUGAACGAGCAGAACAGACUAAAUGACACCAUGAACAGGAUUUCUUUGAACGGGUUGGAUAUUAGCACACAGACCAUUCCCAAAAUGAAGGAAGAAGAUGAGACUUGCAUUGAACUCAAACAUAUUUAAGCCAUAAGAAGCUUCUCUUCACCUUUGGAGUCUAUAUGAGAUCCAAUUCAGUUGUUUACAACAUGAGCUGUAAGACAUCCAUGAAACUGUUGGUUAUUUAUUUCAUUCCCAUUUUGAAUUUCAGGAAAAAAAAAAAAAAACAUUGACUGAGGGCUCAGAUAGAAACCACUGUAGCUGUCAUGUAGCGUUUCCAAAAUGUUCUGACCAGAAUUGUGUGUCCGUCUGCUAUCAUGUAAUGCGUAUUUUUACAACAUUUGUUAAAAUGAUGCGUCAUUUUUUUAGUAGGCUUUCCCCUGUUUCAAGUGAAAGUUUAUUUCUUCUGUAAAACAUUUAGUAAUAUCGUACUUUAGCAAUGCCGAUAGAUGGAUCGGUGAGGUUUUUGCAUUUGGAGCUGAUCGUUACUGAUGGACUCAAUAAAUAAACAGUUUGAAUGAGUCAAUCAUAAUACACUGACUCAUCUCAGCAACAAUCAUCUAUAUUAUC